CCGAGGCAGGAGGGCCCGCCCAGUGCGCAAGCGCAAACCUCCCAGAACCGGAAGCCGCGCUGGGCCGGGCAUGGCGGCUGCUGCAGAGGGUGUCCCGGCGACCCGACGGGAGGAGCCAGCUCGAGACGAUGCCGCGGUGGAGACAGCUGAGGAAGCAAAGGAGCCUGCUGAAGCUGACAUCAAUGAACUCUGCCGGGACAUGUUCUCCAAAAUGGCCACUUACCUGACUGGGGAACUGACUGCCACCAGUGAAGACUAUAAGCUCCUGGAAAAUAUGAAUAAACUAACCAGCUUGAAGUAUCUUGAAAUGAAAGAUAUUGCUAUAAACAUUAGUAGAAACUUAAAGGACCUAAACCAGAAGUAUGCUGGACUGCAGCCUUAUCUGGAUCAGAUCAAUGUCAUCGAGGAGCAGGUAGCAGCUCUUGAGCAGGCAGCUUAUAAGUUGGAUGCAUAUUCAAAAAAAAGCCAAGUACAAGAAGCUGGAGAAACGAUGAAAAGCUUAUUUCCAUGGGAAAAAGUCUUUUAAUUUGGAAGAAUGUUUUAUUAAGACCUGAAUCUGAGACUGAUAAAUUGUCCAGACUUCUCAAAAGGAAACUAUGCUGGUCAUCCCAGGAACAUCCCAGUGUUGGAGUAAACUGGAAGAUUGUGGCUACUCCUGAACCUCCUUUGGGGCAGUAUCUCUCAGAAACUCACACUUAUAACUCCUUAACCUUUUACUUGAAAGCUUCAUCAACCAUUCAGGACAGAAAUGCUCUCAAAGUUCAGGAUACACCUGGGCUUGCCAGUAGACUCAAAUGAGAGGAACUAUUUUCUCUGGUAGUGGCUGAUUACUGCAUUAUUUUCUUGUGGCUGGUUUUUGAGUUAUUGUGUAAAAAAAAUUUUUUUUUAUUAGUGAUGCUAAUGUAUUGUUAACAAGAUUCUAAAUUAAAAAAGGAAAAAACAAAACAAACUUGUCAUUUGCAGCUUCUCGCCUUAAGAAUAUAAUUUACUUUUUCAUGACAUUGCAAAUAACAGAAAAUCUUAAAGUAAUUCCAGGCCAAGUCUUCUAGACUGAGAAGUACUGAAAGUAGUGUUUUGAUAGCUUGUUGUAAGGGAUGGGCCCCUCUUGUCCUCUUUCUAUGUGAAUGAGAUGUGUGAGGAUGGAUGACAUCCUGACUUGUGCUCCCUUUUGGAAAUGUGAUAAAGACAAGAUGUAUAUGUGUGUGGGUGUUGGGUAGAAAGGUGGGGGCUGCCACUCAUAAAGCAUUUUAUGGAAUGUUUUCCUACCUGUGUCUGUAGGAUUGGGGGGCUCCUGCAGAGAAUAAGAGAUACUGAUUGACAAAUCUAGGUUGAAAGACAGGCAACCUUAUCUAGAAUAAGGAGGGCAUCAGCAGAUAGGAAGGUGCCUGGGGUCUUCAAUUAUAUCUCCAAAAGAGUUUCUUGUUUCUGUUUCUGUCUUUUCCCACCAUCUCUGUUCCAGACCACAAUCAUUUGUCCUCUGGUCCUUUGGAUUAUUACUAUGGUUUCUGUUAAUCUUAACUGUCCCUCCAAGGUACCCUUGCCACUGCUGCCAGAGCAAUUCUUCCAAAAUGUAAAUUAGUCAUAUUUCUCCUGCUUAGAAUCCUUUAGUGACAUCCUCUGGCUUCAUUGAAAAACCUAGACUUUUUAGCGUGCAUACAAGUCCCCUAUUUUAAAUAUUUCUUCAAUUUCAUUUCCUGUUAUUCCUACACAUCCACUGUGUUUAGCUAUCUUCAGCUACCUUAAAUUCCCCUGGUUGAAUUUUCUUUUCAUAAACUUUUUAUUUUAGAAUAGAUUUAGAUUUAUAGGAAAGUGCAAAGACAAUACAUAUUUGAUAAUACAUUAUUGAUACCUAAUAGUACAUAAUUGGGAGCACAUAUGAUAAUUUGAUGCAUUUAUGUAAGGUAUAAAGAUCAAGUCAGGGUUGCUGGGAUACUCAUCACCUUAAAUCUUUAUCUUUUCUUUAUGCUAGGAAUAUCUGAUUUAUUCUAUUUGAAAAGUGUAAUAGAUUAAAGUUAACUUAGUCACCCUACUGAUUUAUUGAACACUAGAACUUGUUCUAUUUAACUAUAUAUUGUACCCAUUAAUCAGCCUCUUUUCAUCCACACCACCCUACAAUCUUUCCUGGCCUCUGGUAACUACCAAUCUACUCUAUUUUCAUGAGAUCCACUUUUUUAGUUCCCAUAUGUGGGUGAGAACAUGUAAUAUCGGUCUUUCUGUGCUUGGCUUAUUUCACUUAAAAUGAUGACUUCCAGUUCAUCUAUGCUGCAAAUGACAAGAUUCCAUUCUUUUUUAUGGUUGGGUGAUAUUCCAUUGUGUAUACAUACCACAUUUUCUUCAUCCGUUCAUCCAUGUAGUUUGCUUCCAUAUUUUGGUUAUUUCAAAUAACCAGUGCUACAAUAAACAUGAAAUGCAGAUAUCUCUCCCAUAUAUUGAUUUCCUUUCCUUUGGAUAUAUGCCUAGUAGUAAAGUUGCUAGAUCAUAUGGUAGUUCUAUUUUUAGUUUUUUGAGGAAACUAUAUAGUUUUCCAUAAUGGCUAUACUAAUUUACAUUCCCUGCCUCUAUCUUUGAGGGUUCCCUUUUCUCCAUAUCCUUUCCAGCAUCUGUUAUUCCCCAUUUGUU